UUAGACUACAUGUAUUGUCUUCGCCACACGUUUUCGUAUGCUGGCGUUCCGUCAACGAAAAGCGGCAGAUUCUUGUCUGGAUAAACACCAUUAAAAACAGUAAUAAGGUAAUUGAGCUCACCAGCAAGAAACCAUGGAUGCGGAUCUGUAUGAUGAGUUUGGGAACUACAUCGGUCCAGAACUCGAUAGUGAUUCAGACGAUGAGAGGGAUUCUAGGGGUGAUGCCAUGGGAGAUUUUGAUAUGGGGGACGACGAUGAGGGCAUGGACGACAUCGAUGAUCACGACGAUGAAGAUGCCAGUCAGGCUGUUGUCCUCCAUGAGGAUAAGAAAUAUUAUCCAACAGCAGAAGAGAUCUACGGGCCUGAUGUAGAGACUAUUACCCAUGAAGAAGAUGCUCAACCCCUUACUGAGCCAGUUAUUGCUCCUGUCAAACAGAAGAAAUUCACUCUCACUGAACAGGAAUUGCCUGCCACUGCUUAUGAUAUGGAGUAUCUUGCGGACAUGAUGGACAAUCCCAAUCUCAUCCGAAAUGUGACCCUGGCAGGACACUUGCAUCAUGGGAAGACCACUUUUGUUGACUGUCUUCUUGAGCAAACGCAUCCAGAUCUGAGAACAAAGGAAGAUAGACAUCUGAAGUACACAGACACUCUCUUCACAGAACAUGAGCGAGGAGUGAGUAUCAAAGCUCAGCCUGUCACACUGGUGUUACCUGACUGUAAAGGGAAACAUUUUCUCAUCAAUGUCAUGGACACACCAGGUCAUGUAAAUUUCUCAGACGAGGCAACGUCAGCUUUCAGGAUUUCAGAUGGUGUGGUGAUCUUUGUUGAUGCUGCCGAAGGUGUGAUGCUGAACACGGAGAGGAUGAUCAAACAUGCAGUCCAGGAGAAGCUGGCUAUAACCAUCUGCAUCAAUAAGAUUGAUAGAUUGGUACUGGAGCUGAAACUCCCUCCAACGGAUGCGUACUACAAGCUGAGGCAUAUUGUGGAUGAGAUUAAUGGGUUGUUAAGUGUCUACAGUGAUGAGGCUGACCAGAAGGUUGUGUCUCCUCUUCUGGGUAAUGUUUGUUUUGCAAGCUCCCAGUACAGCGUUUGCUUCACCCUCUCAUCGUUUGCCAAGAUCUACACCGACACCUACGGGGACAUCGAUUACCAACAGUUUGCUAAGAGGUUGUGGGGGGACGUCUACUUCAGCCAGAAAACGAGAAAGUUCACCAGGAAGCCUCCAGUUAGUACGUCCCAGAGGAGUUUUGUAGAGUUCAUCUUGGAACCAAUGUACAAGCUCUUUGCACAGGUUGUAGGAGACGUUGAUUCCACUCUACCCGGUGUGCUGGAUGAGUUGGGUAUUCAUCUAACUAAGGAAGAGAUGAAGCUUAACAUCAGACCGCUCCUUAAACUCAUCUGCAGAAAAUUCUUUGGAGAAUUCACGGGUUUUGUUGAGAUGUGUGUGAACCAUAUCCCGUCACCAGCAGACAAUGCCAAGAACAAGGUUGAACACUGCUACACCGGGCCAGUCGAUUCAGAUCUCGGUGAUGCUAUGAUUGAUUGUGAUUCAGAGGCCCCCUUGAUGCUCCACACUACGAAGAUGUACAGCACAGAGGAUGGAGUGAGCUUUCAUGCGUUUGGGCGGGUGAUGAGCGGGACCAUCCACGCCAAUCAAGAGGUCCGGGUCUUGGGAGAGAACUAUACCCUUGAGGAUGAAGAAGAUUCUAGGAUCACUAUGGUUGGAAGGCUGUGGAUCUCAGAAGCAAGGUAUAAGAUUGAAGUAAAUCGGGUACCAGCAGGCAACUGGGUGUUGAUUGAAGGAGUGGAUGAACCCAUCGUCAAAACUUCUACUAUUACCGAAAGCAGAGGACUAGAUGAGGUGUACAUUUUCCGACCUCUGAAGUUCAAUACGACAUCGGUCAUCAAGAUAGCCUGUGAACCGGUCAAUCCAUCGGAGUUACCCAAGAUGUUAGAUGGUCUGAGGAAGGUCAACAAAAGCUACCCACUCAUCACAACAAAGGUAGAAGAAUCAGGAGAGCAUGUAAUUCUUGGUACAGGAGAGCUCUACCUAUAUUGUGUUAUGCAUGAUCUCAGGAAAAUGUACUCAGAAAUUGAUAUCAAAGUUGCUGACCCUGUCGUGUCUUUCUGCGAGACCGUUGUGGAGACAUCAUCUCUCAAAUGCUUUGCUGAAACCCCCAACAAGAAGAACAAGCUUACCAUGAUUGCUGAACCACUAGAGAAGAACCUUGCUGAAGACAUCGAGAAUGAAGUCGUUCAAAUCUCAUGGAAUAGGAAACGGCUUGGAGAGUUUUUCCAGACCAAAUAUGACUGGGAUCUGUUGGCUGCUAGGUCCAUAUGGGCCUUUGGACCUGAUGCUACUGGACCAAACAUCCUUGUAGAUGACACACUGCCAUCGGAGGUGGACAAAGAUCUGCUGACUUCAGUCAAGGAUAGUAUAGUACAAGGAUUCCAGUGGGGUACCAGGGAAGGUCCUCUAUGUGAUGAACCAAUCCGUAACGUCAAGUUUAAGAUCCUUGAUGGUGUGAUAGCCAAUGAGCCUAUCCAUAGAGGUGGUGGUCAGGUGAUCCCGACUGCCAGGAGAGUCGCAUACUCAGCCUUCCUCAUGGCCACUCCAAGAUUAAUGGAACCAUAUAACUUUGUUGAGGUCCAGGCGCCAGCUGACUGUGUUUCUGCUGUAUACACCGUUCUCGCAAGGAGGAGAGGCCACGUUACCCAGGAUGCACCAGUGCCAGGGUCACCGUUAUAUACCAUCAAGGCUUUCAUCCCAGCCAUUGAUUCGUUUGGCUUUGAGACCGAUCUCAGGACCCAUACUCAAGGACAAGCUUUCUGUCUCUCUGUUUUCCACCAUUGGCAGAUUGUUCCUGGUGAUCCAUUGGAUAAAGGUAUCAUCAUCAGACCCCUAGAACCUCAACCUGCCACUCAUCUAGCUAGAGAGUUCAUGAUCAAGACAAGAAGACGAAAGGGUCUAAGUGAGGACGUUAGUAUCAACAAGUUCUUUGACGAUCCUAUGUUGCUGGAACUCGCCCGUCAAGAUGUGAUGCUCAACUACCCCAUGUAGAGACACCUGAAUAAUGAUAUCUUUAUUUUGUAUUUAUUGUUGUUUCCAUGGUAAUUUAAUACCCCUUGAGAGUCAACCUUUGAGUCUGUCUGCAAAGCUCUGAUUGUGACCCACCAUGCGCUGAAAUUAUAGUUACCCUCUCUGAAUCAGAGGAGUAAUUCCCUUCUGAAGGCUUCCCAUUGGUAAUCUGCAUCCUAGGGACCUGUUUCAUAAAACUUUUUUUUAAUGACAAGUUAUAAGCUACUGAAAUCAUGACAUUUGAUAGGCUUAAAACAACUUUGCCCUAUAUCUUUUCAGAUAUCAAUUGUUAUUGAAAGGGGUUUUAUGAAACUGCCUGUAUUCAUCUUCCAAGGAAAUUUAUCAAAAUCAUCCAAGAUAAACUACUUUUUCACUCUCCCUUUGAGAUUUGAAGUAUUUAUAUCCGGGCCCCAUCUUACAGAGAGUUACCAUUUAUCCAAUCAAUCUUAGUUGUAUGGAAAUCCAUCCAUACUGCAAUUUUUUUCUACAAGAAAUUUGCACAAUCUCCUUAGUAAGCAAAGAGAAUCACACUAAAUCUUCAAGUGAACGAUGAAUGUAUGAAUAUAUACAUAUCUAGAGAAUGUUUUGAAGAAUUUUGCAUUUAAGAUGUUGACGUUGCUGGCCAUCCACAGUUGUGGUUGAUUGGAUCAAUGGUAACUCUUGGUAAGACAGGGCCUUGCCUCCCCUUUCUGUGUUAAGGUGUGAUGUUCUCACAUUACCAUGGCUCAAGGAGUUCAUGAGUCGGAAUAAUUGAGAAAAAUGGAGGGGGCAUACAUUGAAAAGGAUCAAUUACUUUGCAGGUUUACCUCUGUGUUCAAAAGGUGUGAUUGAACGUCAUUAAUUAAUCUUCCGCCUCUUAUACAGAUUAUGGAAAAGGGCUUAAAAGGAUGAGUUCGGUAAAGAUAAAAACAUAUGUGAUUUUUUUUAAGAUCCGGGGGGGGGGCACUCUCAGACCUAGGUGCUACCCAAGCAUCUCCACUUAGUUCAAAAGUAGAUUGUAAUAUCAAGUUUGAUACACAAAGUAAUGUGUAAUAUGACAUUCCACAUUUUGUUAUGUUACAUGCACACAAAAUGUGUUCUCAUAUGAAAUCUCAGAAAAUGUUUUCCACCUUGUGCAUCAAAGACUGUACUUAAUCAACUUGAUCCCUGGAACUUCCAUGUCAAAUAUUUCAAACAUUCUAACUUAAAGAAAGAAGAUAACAAUAUUCCUCCUUUGUUCAAUACAUCAGCAGGGGAGCGUUUCAUGAAAAGACUUUAUCCGACAAGUACCCUUUUAUCCGACAGUUACCAUAGCAACUGUGCUUCUCAGCCAAUCAAAAGCAAGGAAAGAUGUCAGAUCUGACAACUUGUUGGACAAAAUUUUUGAUGAAAUGGUCCCCAGAACUCUCUAACUGAAGGGUUUUGAGCUUAAUAAUUUGUUAGGAAUGUUUCUUCACACAUUAAAUAAUUUUAUGUGAAAUGUAAUUUCCAUUCAGUUAAUUGGAAAAUGGAAUUGGUAUGUUCUAGUGUUAUGUAUCUACAUGUAUCUACACAUACAUGUACAAAGUUUUUAUACAGUUAUGCUAGAGCGCAUUUUAUGGGAUGAAAUUUUGGAUGCUAUUAUGUAUUUUCAUUUUUGGAAUUAAAAAAAAAAAAACCUGUGACUUUGAACUGUGUAAAUUUUGCAUUUAAUAUUUGUCCACUCAUGCAUGACUUGAGGGAAAAAGAAUACCUUAGAAUUAAGGAAAAAUUUUAUGAUGAACUUCCAUUUUCCAGCAUACUGUCAAAUACCAAACUCCAUUAGAUACCAUAAUAUUGGUUUAAUUCUAGAGCAAUAUUUAUAUUUCAGAGCAUACUUCAAUACAUUUCCAUAUCAGAUUUAUUUGAGUGUUCAUGACCAGUCAUUGAAAUUAUGUUGGUACUGGGUAAUAUAAUGAAGUCAUAACUACAUCUUUUUUUUUGGGGGGGGGGGCGGGGGUCUUUAAUCAUGAUACAUGUAUAAUGUGCAAAUGUACAUGUUAAACCAUGUUGAGCUUACUCUGAAUUGAUGUAAAUAAAUAUUUUGAUUCUUUUGAA